UGAAAGCCGAUCUUGCCAUUGACGCAUUUCGUGUUCAGAAAAGCUUCACGCUUCAAGAUCUCUUCAGCCGGACUGUCAUUUGGAAGGUCGCAAGCAAAAAAGGGAGGGGAUGUGUGUGCGUUUUUAUUUAGCACACGGGCAUGCGUUUUUGCGAAAUUUUGGAUUUGUUAUUAUCUUCCAAGAGGGAGCUUCAGAAAGCACUAAUUUUUCUACACCCCUCUCUUCCUUCCUUUUUGUCGACAAUUUUUAUUUUUAUUUCUCCCCUCCUCAAGGCCUGCUCUCCCUUUAAUGUUCAGCAGCCAAAAGCAUUCCACCAGCAAAAGCAGCCAUACGGGGCUCCGGCGGUCAGUCAGCGCGCGGCUAUUGAAAGGAAGCAGCCGAUACACACCGUCGACGCCCGACUUGAAGCAGGCAGCAUUGCAAACACACGAGGCCGGCGAGCAAGGGCCACACACGCUCCUACGCCGACUGUACUCGACGGGCAGGAAGCCGUCAGAAAUGGAUCUAUACAGUUCAGCGCAGCGGACGGCGAAGCCGCAGGUACUGGACGUGGCGCGCACCCAGACAACUGGGUAUCCGAUAUCCACACGCACGCCAAAGACGCCCAUAGCGAGCAGCGACGGAGCACAGGUGCGACGCACGGCAACCAGCGCCAGCAUAAAGUCCAAAGCGUCACAGGAGGCCGAUACACACAGCAAACUGCAGGGGUUCCAUGUCCGGGUAAUCAAUACGCAUAGCGGCAAGGCCGUGGUGCGCGCCGAUUCUGGUCAGCGAGGAUAAGAGCAGCGAGGAGGAGCUGGAGCUGCCACCGCCCAGCGCCGCCGAGCUCAAGUACACCGCCCAGAGGGCGCUGCUGUCGACAACUGCCGCAUUAAUGGCGUCAACCAGCGGCAAUGGACGGCCGGCAACGCGCGCUCGUGCAGCGAGAAUGGAGCCCAGGACACCGACCGGGCAGCAGA